AUGAAUCUCUCACUCUUCCGACCAGUCUUCCGAUCCUCCGCCACAACAUCGAUACACCGACCAACUUGCAAUUGGCAAUCCCUCACACGCCCACACCUCGAACAAAAGAAACCAAGCACAUGCUCCUCCCCAUUCUCCUCUACAUCCCGACUGCAAAAGCGUUCGAAAAAGGGCGGCGGUAGUGAUCCGCGAAUAACAAACAUCCGCUACCACCUCUCGCACCCGCUGACCCCGCGCCCCCUCCACUUCUCGCGCAACCGCUCGCUCCGCCACUGGACCAUCCACCGCGCCUGGCUGCUCUUCCUGCGCAAGCGACGGGCCGCCGAGGAACGCGAGUUGGAGCGGCAAUACAACAGCAUGCGGGCUGCGUGCGAGCAUUUGCGCUUGCUCGACGAUAAAGGAAACAGGGUGAGCGAGGAGGAGGCGGGGGGUCAGGGACCGGAUGCGGGGAGGCUGGGGGUCAAGGGGAGGGAGGUGGGUAGGUUGUAUCGCAGUGCGAUGCUCAAGAGGGGGGUGUGGGGCAGUGUGCCCGUCGAGUAUGCGAGGGUGCAGACGGAUUUUCCGGCGAGGGAGGGGUGGAAUCAUGCGUGGACGAGGAAUUGA